AUGGCAGUACCCGGCAAUUUUCCUGAAGAACUCAUAGAAGAAAUCCUCCUGAAGUUGCCCAUCAAGUCAUUAAUCAGAUUCAGCGAAGUGUGCAAGUCUUGGAAUUCCCUGAUCAAGAGCCCUAACUUCAUUUACACCCAACUCAACCGCACUAUCCAAUCCAACAACCAAAACGACUCUCACCUACUUCUACUGGAAGGGCUUCUCUCUUCGACUAAGAUUUUCUUGUUGCAUCCAGCACAUAACCCUACAUUCGAUGUAGACAAAAAGCUUACGGAACCCUCCGCCAUCAACACAACUGCAGGCUCUUUCUCAUUAAAGAACUUUUCUGUGGUCGGAACCUGUAAUGGUCUGGUAUGCCUUGCUAAUUACAUCCAUGGUGUUGCAGUAAUUUGGAACCCCUUAGUUAGAAAGUAUGUGAUACUGCCUAGUUGUAGUGUUAGGUCAUUGAGUGGUUUUGUGAGGUUUGCUUUUGGCUACGAUUCACGUACCAAUGACUAUAAGGUUUUGAAAACUGUUGUUUGUGAUCAAAAGCCUAGUCAUGUUGAAGUUUGGUCACUGGCGAGGGGUUCCUGGAUGAGUCUUGAUGCUGCCAUUAUUCCUCCGGACUUUAAACCUCGAGACUAUAGCUACUUGCGAUAUCCUUUUGUAAAUGGUGCUUUGCAUUGGGUUGGUCUGCGACAUGGUGUUAUCAUGACGUUUGAUAUGUCCACUGAGUUAUUUGGAGAGAUAAUGAUGCCUGAAGUUGUGACAAGAGAUGCAGAAAACAAAUUUAUAUCCAAAUACCGGGAGUCUCUCGCUUUGUUGUGUAAGAGUAAUGAAAAUUCAAUUCACAUAUGGGUGAUGAAAGAGUAUGGUUCGGCAGAUUCAUGGAUUCAAUUAUCAACUUUACCCCAAGGCAGUUGGACUCGGCCAUUAUGUUUUACGGAGAGUUGUGAUGAACUAGUGCUUCAAAGGGAUGGUGUAGGGCUGCAAUCAGUGGACCUUAAGAGCAAAACAGCUAACAAGUUACCUGAUAAUAUAUACCUAUACUCCAUGAAUUCUUAUACGGAGAGCCUUGCGUUACUUGGGGAUUCCAAUGCUGUCUCUUAUUAG